AGUAGUGUUGCUUCUCUUUGUCAGAGGACCGACUUCCGUUUUCAUGUUUGGUCCAGGUUUCUGGAAUUUACUAUCUAGUGAGACUGAGCUAUCUGUCUCUUUGAUAAACAGUAGCAGUGAUUUGGUAUUUUCGUGACGGAGCUAGUAAAAGGUCCUCCAUUUCAGCCUGAUUAGAGUUUGAGUCCGUCAUUCUAUUUCAUCCUUGAAAAACACGACUGUUUACCUAGCUAGCUGGCUAGCAUCAGCCAGCUGAGUUAAAUCACCUAGCUAGCAUGUUUCGGUUCUUGAAUGACGUUGAUGACGACCCCUACAUGAUGGAUCCAUUUGCAGCUCACAGGCAGCAGAUGAGGGUUCUGUUUGGACCAUUUGGCAUGGACCCCUUUGCUCUUGCCCCCCAGAUGCAGCCUCACCGUGCACCACGCAGACAGGCUGGUCAGCUGACCCCCUUUGGCAUGAUGGGAAUGGGUGGAGGGUUCAUGGAUAUGUUUGGCAUGAUGGGAGAAAUGAUGGGAAACGUGGAAAGAAUGUCUGGUUCACCAAACUGUCAGACGUUUUCCUCUUCAACAGUGAUCUCCUACUCCUCUUCAGAUUUAGGGGCUCCUGAAGUUUAUCAGCAGACCAGUGCAACGAGAACAGGCCCUGGAGGGAUCCGUGAGACACGGCAGUCAAUGAGAGACAGUGAGAGCGGCCUCGAGCGUCUUGCCAUCGGCCAUCACAUUGGGGAUCGUGCACACAUAAUGGAGCGUUCACGAAAUCGCCGCACUGGAGACCGCGAGGAACGACAAGACUUCAUUAACCUUGAUGAGACUGACGCUGCAGCGUUUGAUGAGGAGUGGAGGAGGGAGGCAGGAAGAUACGUUCCCCCGACUGCCCGGGCACUGGACUACAGCGCCCGGGCAGAUCGACGGGCAGGAGGCCAGCAGCUGGCCCUUACUGCCCCUCCCAGCUCAACGACCCCACCAGGCCAUCGGCACGAGUCUCCCAGACACCGCCAGCCCCACACCCGUCCACGUUACGACUGGUGAGAGAUGUCACACUUGGGCGAACAGAUGGAAGGAGUUGAGGGAAGACUUCCCCGAUGCUGUGAACCACGCUGAAGACGGAAGUUGUUGAACGUCACAACUGUCCGUUGUAAAUGUUUGAUAUGACUGGACUGUCUUUACAUGAACAACAUACACACAUACACACACACAACAAAAACCCCACACACUUGAUAGUUACAUUUACAGUUAUACUUCUCCACUGUUACACUCAACACACACACACACACAAUAGCACCCCUGCGCAAACAUGGGUAUAACUACACUCACUUUAUAUAUACUCAUUCUCAAAACUUGACAUGUGUUUUUGCCCACUGCACUUAAGUGCUACAUUAUACAGUACAUCUGCUGUACAGUCCAUUUUAUGUUUGUGAAGACACUAGUGUGUCAGUGAAUUGAAUUGUAUACUGUUAACUAAUGAAUCUAACUAAAUAAAAGUUCAUUAAACAUUGUUAGAUAAUUACAAAA